AUGGCUAUCUCACUACUGACCAUUGCUUCACUGGCAACAGUGGCUUUAGCCAUCCCAGCCCAGCAUGGCAAUACCUCUCGAUGCUCAACAACGACCAUUGGCUUACCAACAACAUCGCACCUGAAGACCUGCUCGGCAACUCGAACGGCCUCGUACAGCAGCUUCACAUAUACAGCGCUUACCACCACACGUUAUGCAACGGCUGUUCCCUCUCCGCUGGUGUUGACCACAACCUACGCACCACCUUUCAGUCAAGUUUCCUCCCUACUUCCAACCGGCCAGACCUACACAAGCUAUUCCCUUGAUAGAAACGCCACUGGUCUCCAGGAUGGGCAGUACGGCCAGGGUGCUUACGCUAGAUUGUGGUCGACACUGAGCUACAAUUCGACUGUACCAUUCACGACCACCGUGACUCCAACACCCGUUGCUAGCAGCGAGCUUGUAUUCCCACCAACAUUGUACACUCCUUGCCCGCAGCAGGCAGAUGCUUGCCUAGAUUGCUACAAAUUUCCGAAGGACUUCUUAUGGGGCGUUGCUGGAAGCGCGUGGCAGAUCGAAGGCGCUGCAUUCGAGGAAGGUCGUGGGCCUAGUACCCUGGAUCAAAUUGGUGCUCUUGGUGGCCCUGAGGAUACAGUAAACGCAGUGGUUUCUGACAUGAAUUACUACCUCUACAAGCAGGACAUCGCCCGUCUCGCAGCGAUUGGUGUGCCGAAUUAUUCGUUUAGUAUCUCUUGGACCCGCGUCGUGCCGUUCGGCAUUGCUGGUAGCCCGAUCAAUACUGCAGCGCUGGAGCAUUACGCUGAUUUGAUCAAUACCUGCAUUGAGUACGGAGUACGACCAAUUGUAACGCUCUCGCAUGCCGAUCCACCACUUCUUCAUUCUUACAACACCACAGAGUUCGCAGAAUCGUUCUUGUACUAUGCCAAAGAAGUCAUGACCCGCUAUAGUGAUCGUGUUUCUCAUUGGGUCACGUUGAACGAACCAAAUAUCGCAUAUCCCGGUCAAACGACCUUCUCGGCUGUUCCAAACAUCUUGCAUGCGCACGCAUCAGUCUAUCACUGGUACAAGGAAGAGCUAAAGGGCACAGGUCUUGUCACUAUCAAGUUUGCCAACAAUCUGGCAGUUCCACUCGACAAUGAAAACAACGAUGACAUUCGUGCAGCAUUAAGAUACCAAGAUUUCAUUCUCGGGAUCCUUGGUAAUCCCAUCUUUCUCGGCCAGCAAUUACCGGAAGAGGUGCUGAACACGUCGGGUCUCAACCUGACAGCAUUGACAGCAGACGAACUCUCGUAUUUUAAUGGUACAGCUGACUUCUGGUCAUUCGAUCCCUAUACUGCUGGCUUUGCGACUGCGCCUCCAGGAGGCAUCGACGCUUGCGCAAAGAAUCCAAGUGACCCACUUUGGCCGAACUGCGUCGUCAAUACUAAUGUUCAGACUGAUGGCUGGCUGAAUGGCCAAGGCAGCUAUGCCUAUGCAUACAUCGCGCCUCAGUAUGUCCGUCAGCAACUGGGCUACAUUUGGAAUACAUUCAAGCCUUCAGGAAUUCUCAUCGCCGAAUUUGGGUUCAACCCGUUCAUGGAAAGUUCGAAGACUGUUGUCGCACAGCUUUAUGAUCUUGAAAGAACGCUUUACUACUACGCUUUCUUGCGCGAGACGCUCAAAUCCAUCUACGAGGAUAAUGUCAAUGUCGUUGGGGCACUGGCUUGGUCUUUCUUGGACAACAACGAGUUUGGAAGCUAUGACCAGCAGUAUGGGUUGCAGCACGUCAACCGUACGAACAGGGAGUUCACAAGGAGCUUCAAGCGGAGCAUUUUCGAUUACGUGGAUUUCUUCCAUCAGUAUGUGGAGCAAUGA